AUGAAGGGUCCGAGGCAUUCGAAGAGGACUCCCCCCCCACGCGCUCCCCAGACAGGUGCCCUGUGGCGUCGGAGUGUUUGGCUCCUAGUGACCGCCGCUCUGGUGACGGUGUCCAGCGGCCAGACGUCCACGGCGUUCACCAGCUUCCACCCCGAGCGGCGGGAGUGGGCCUUCGACCACCUGACGGUCCACCAGACGACCGGCGCGGUCUACAUCGGCGCGGUCAACCGCGUCUACAAGCUGUCGGGCAACCUGACGCUCCUGGUGUCCCACGACACGGGCCCCGAGGACGACAACAAGGCCUGCUACCCGCCGCUCAUCGUCCAGCCCUGCUCCGAGCCCCUGGUGUCCACCAACAACGUCAACAAGCUGCUGCUCAUCGACUACUCCCAGAACCGGCUGCUGGCCUGCGGCAGCCUCUACCAGGGCGUGUGCAAGCUCCUCCGGCUGGACGACCUCUUCAUCCUCGUGGAGCCGUCGCACAAGAAGGAGCACUACAUGUCCAGCAUCAACCAGACGGGCACCAUGUACGGGGUCAUCGUGCCGUCCAAGGGCGAGGACGGCACGCUGUUCAUCGGCACGGCGGUGGACGGCAAGCAGGACUACUUCCCCACCAUCUCCAGCCGCAAGCUGCCGCGCGACCCCGAGUCCUCCGCCAUGCUGGACUACGAGCUGCACACGGACUUCGUGUCGUCGCUCAUCAAGAUCCCGUCGGACACGCUGGCGCUGGUCAGCCACUUCGACAUCUACUACAUCUACGGCUUCGCCAGCGGCAGCUUCGUCUACUUCCUGACCGUGCAGCCCGAGACGGAGAGCAACAUGUCGCCGGGCGGCUCCUCGGCCGACCACUUCUACACCUCGCGCAUCGUGCGCCUCUGCAAGGACGACCGCAAGUUCCACUCCUACGUCUCGCUGCCCGUGGGCUGCGUCCGGAACGGCGUGGAGUACCGGCUACUGCAGGCCGCCUACCUGGCCAAGCCCGGACGCGUGCUGGCCGCCGCCCUCAACAUCAGCGCCCAGGACGACGUCCUCUUCACCGUCUUCUCCAAGGGCCAGAAGCAGUACCACCGGCCCCCAGAUGACUCGGCCCUCUGUGUCUUCAGCAUCCGCCACGUCAACGCCCGCAUCAAGGAGCGGCUGCAGUCCUGCUACCAGGGCGAGGGCAACCUGGAGCUCAACUGGCUGCUGGGGAAGGACGUGCCCUGCACCAAAGCGCCGGUGCCCAUCGACGACUCCUUCUGUGGUCUGGACAUCAACCAGCCCCUGGGCGGCUCCCAGCUGGUGACUGGACACACGCUCUACACGGAGACCCGCGACCGCAUGACCGCCGUCACCUCCUACGUCUACAACGGCUACUGCGUGGCCUUCGUGGGCACCAAGAGCGGCCGUCUGAAGAAGAUCCGUGUGGACGGUCCCCCUAAUGAGGGAGUGCAGUAUGAGACGGUGCAGGUGAUUAAGGACGGCAGCCCUGUGCUGAGAGACAUGGCCUUUUCUCUGGACCGCAGCCACCUCUACGUCAUGUCUGAGAGACAGGUGGUACGUGUGCCCAUUGAGUCGUGUGAGCAGUACGGGACGUGUGGGGAGUGUCUGAGCUCAGGAGAUCCUCACUGCGGCUGGUGUGUCCUGCACAACACGUGCACCCAGAGGGAUCGCUGUGAGCGUGCCAACGAGCCAUACCGCUUCGCUGCAGCUCUCAACCAAUGCGUGAAGGCCACCGUCUACCCCGACAGCAUUGCCGUGUCCGAGCCCAGUGUGCCGCUCCUGGUGAAGGUGACUGAUGUUCCAGACCUUUCCGCCGGCAUCACAUGCUCCUUCGGCAACUUGACGGAAGUGGAAGGCAAGGUCAACGGCAACCAGAUCCUGUGCCUCUCCCCCGCCGCCAAGGACGUUCCCAUCAUCCCAACUGACCAAGACUGGUCAGGCGUGGAGCUGCGGCUGAACUCCAAGGAGACGGGUCAGAUGCUCAUCAGCACUGAGGUCAAGUUCUACAACUGCAGCGUCCACCAGCUGUGUUUGUCCUGCGUGACCAGUGCCUUCCGCUGCCACUGGUGUAAAUACCGCAACCUCUGCACCCACGACCCCUCCAGCUGUUCCUUCCAGGAGGGACGCGUCAACGCAUCUGAGGACUGCCCUCAGCUGGUGCGCUCGGAGCAGAUCUUGAUCCCGGCCGGCGAGGUCAAGCCCAUCACGCUGAAGGCCCGGAACCUUCCGCAGCCGCAGUCGGGCCAGCGCGGGUACGAGUGUGUGCUGCACAUCCAGGGGCUCAGCCACCGCGUCACCGCCCUGCGCUUCAACAGCUCCAGCGUGCAGUGCCAGAACAGCUCGUAUUUGUAUGAGGGGAUGAAGAUCAGUGAGCUGCCAGUGGACUUCUCAGUGGUGUGGAACGGCAACUUCAUUAUUGACAACCCAGAGAACAUCCAAGUGCACCUGUACAAGUGUGCAGCACAGCGGGACAGCUGUGGUCAGUGCCUGAAGGCGGAGCGGCGCUUCCAGUGUGGCUGGUGCAGUGGAGAGGGACGCUGUAGUCUCCGCCACCACUGCCCACUGCCCAACCCCUACGCCGGACGCUGGCUCAACAUGGACAACAAGAACGUCAAGUGCACCAACCCACGCAUCACUGAGGUCACCCCAGUGGCUGGUCCACCAGAGGGGGGUACGCGGGUCACCAUCCGUGGCCUUAACCUGGGCUUGUCCUUCUCCGAGAUGGUCAACAACGUCCAGGUGGCCGGCGUCCAGUGUACGCCUCAGGAGGACGGCUACAUCAUCGCCGAACAGAUAGUGUGUGAAAUGCACCCUGCUCCCAUCGAUGCAGCUCCAGGCCCGGUGUCUCUGUGUGUGGGAGAGUGCAGACCAGAGCUCCAAACACACUCCUCUCAACUCUACUCCUUUGUGACCCCGACGGUGACAGGACUGGCCCCGAGCCGAGGGCCCGAGUCUGGGGGAACCAAGGUCACCAUCAUGGGUGAGAACCUUGGAGCCGGCAGCAGCGUCAACGUUCUCUUUGGGAACCAGACCUGCGAGUUCUUUGAGCGGACCAUGACUGAGAUUGUGUGCUUCUCGGCGCCCUCUCUGACCGGUGUUGGUCCGGUCCAGGUCAGUGUUAGCGUGGACCGAGCCCAGGUGAGGGAGAGCCUGGUGUUUGAGUACAUCGAUGACCCGACCGUCCAGCGCAUCGAACCUGAGUGGAGCAUUGCCAGCGGACACACCCCUCUGAUGGUGACGGGGACCAAUCUGGAUGUGGUGCAGGAGCCACGCAUCCGCGUCAAGUACGCCGGACAUGAGUCAGUUAACGUGUGUAAGGUGUUGAACACUACCUCCAUGAGCUGCUUCGCCCCUUCCCUGACCGCCGAGUACCGGCCCGGUCUGGACUCUGUGAAACACGCCGAUGAGUUUGGCUUCAUCUUCAACAACGUGCAGGCGCUGCUGGUGUACAACAACACCAACUUCCUGUACUACCCCAACCCCUUCUUCGAGCCGCUCAGCACCAACGGCAUCAUGGAGCAGAAGCCCGGCUCCCCCAUCAUCCUCAAGGGGAGGAAUCUGGUGCCGCCGGCGUCUGGGGGCGUGAAGCUCAACUACACGGUGCUCAUCGGGGAGACGCCAUGUUCCGUCACCGUCUCCGAGACCCAGCUGCUCUGUGAACCGCCCAACCUCACCGGCCAGUACAAAGUCAUGGUGCAGGUGGGCGGACUUCACGUGUCUCCCGGCGCGGUCCACAUCCUGUCGGACAGCCUGCUGACCCUGCCGGCCAUCGUGAGCAUCGCGGCCGGAGGCGGCCUCCUCCUCAUCAUCGUCAUCCUCGUGCUGAUCGCCUACAAGCGCAAGUCGCGCGAGAACGACCUCACCCUCAAACGCCUGCAGAUGCAGAUGGACAACCUGGAGUCCCGCGUCGCCCUGGAGUGCAAGGAAGCGUUCGCUGAGCUGCAGACGGACAUCAACGAGCUGACCAGUGAUCUGGACAGAGCCGGUAUCCCAUACCUGGACUACCGCACCUACGCCAUGAGGGUGCUUUUCCCUGGCAUCGAGGACCAUCCGGUGCUAAGAGAACUGGAGGUGUCCGGUAACGGGCAGCAGGGUGUGGAGAAGGCGCUGAAGCAGUUUGCGCAGCUGAUCAACAACAAGGUGUUCCUGCUGACCUUCAUCCGCACGCUGGAGACGCAGCGCUCCUUCUCCAUGCGCGACCGCGGCAACGUGGCCUCGCUCAUCAUGACGGCGCUGCAGGGCCGGCUGGAGUACGCCACCGACGUGCUCAAGCAGCUGCUCUCAGACCUCAUCGAGAAGAACCUGGAGAGCAAGAACCACCCCAAACUGCUGCUGCGCAGAACGGAGUCAGUUGCUGAGAAGAUGCUGACCAACUGGUUUGCUUUCCUGCUGCACAAGUUCCUGAAGGAGUGUGCCGGUGAGCCCCUGUUCAUGCUGUACUGUGCCAUAAAGCAGCAGAUGGAGAAGGGUCCGAUAGACGCCAUCACGGGUGAAGCCCGCUACUCACUCAGCGAGGACAAGCUCAUCCGCCAGCAGAUCGAGUACAAGACCCUGAUCCUGAACUGUGUGAACCCGGACAAUGAGAACAGUCCUGAGAUUCCGGUCAAGGUGCUCAACUGUGACACCAUCACUCAGGUGAAGGAGAAGAUCCUGGACGCCGUCUAUAAGAACAUGCCCUACUCCCAAAGACCCCGCGCCGUGGACAUGGACCUGGAGUGGCGUCAGGGCCGCAUGGCUCGAGUGGUGCUACAGGACGAAGACAUCACCACCAAGAUUGAGAAUGACUGGAAGAGGCUCAACACACUCAUGCACUACCAGGUGUCUGACCGAUGUGUGGUGGCACUGGUGCCCAAACAGACCUCCUCCUACAACAUCCCCCCUUCAGCCAGCAUCUCUCGCACCUCCAUCAGCAGAUAUGACUCGACGUUCCGCUACACGGGCAGUCCAGACAGCCUGCGCUCCAGGGCCCCCAUGAUCACGCCCGACCUGGAGAGCGGCGUCAAGGUGUGGCACCUGGUCAAGAACCACGAGCACGGCGACCAGAAGGAGGGUGACCGCGGGAGCAAGAUGGUGUCCGAGAUCUACCUGACCCGCCUGCUGGCCACCAAGGGUACCCUUCAGAAGUUUGUGGACGACCUCUUCGAGACCCUCUUCAGUACGGUCCACAGAGGCAGUGCCCUUCCUCUGGCCAUCAAAUACAUGUUUGACUUCCUGGACGAGCAGGCGGACAGGCACGCCAUCCACGACACGGAUGUACGCCACACAUGGAAGAGCAACUGCCUUCCACUGCGUUUCUGGGUGAACGUGAUCAAGAACCCGCAGUUUGUCUUCGACAUCCACAAAAGUAGCAUCACGGACGCGUGUCUGUCGGUGGUGGCGCAGACCUUCAUGGACUCCUGCUCCACCUCCGAGCACCGGCUGGGCAAGGACUCGCCCUCCAACAAGCUGCUCUACGCUAAAGACAUCCCCAACUACAAGAGCUGGGUGGAGAGGUACUACGCGGACAUUAACCGGCUGCCUGCCAUCAGUGACCAGGACAUGAACGCCUACCUGGCCGAACAGGCGCGCCUGCACUCCACCGAGUUCAACAUGCUCAGCGCCCUCAAUGAGAUCUACUCUUACGUUAGCAAGUACAGCGAGGAGAUCACGGCGGCCCUGGAGCAGGAUGAACAGGCUAAGAAGCAGCGCCUGGCCUACAAAGUAGAGCAGCUCAUCUCCGCCAUGUCUCUGGAGAGCUGAGAACACCGCAGAACCAAGAGAGUGAGAGAGACACAGCAAGAGAGAGGGAGAGAGAAUGAACAACAUCAAGAGUGAGAGAAAGAGAGAAAGACAAGGGAGAUUGGCAUCUGAACCUGUGCCAUCUUCUCACCACAACCACCCAAGGAGUCUCAGCACAGCACAUGGUACUUGACGCUGACCUGAGACUGGGGAUCCUCGGCUCCACCAAACCAGUAGGACAGGUUCAGUGGACCUUACAAAAAUGUCUGCCCUCACAAGACUCUGGGUGGAGGCGCAUGUUCCAUCCUGUUGUGAACAGAUAAUGUGAGCAGAGAUGUCCUGAGACACCUCAACUUCAUUUGCCUCCAUUUCCUUCGGCAGUCUCCUGUGUGUGUCUGGCACAAGAGCAACACACAGUGACAGGACCUCAAGCAGGUCGACAUGACAGGACAGCAUCUCUCUCUCUCUCUCUCACUCUCUCUCUCUCUCUCUCACUCUCUCUCUCUCUCUCUCUCUUACGAACUCUUAAGAGCCAGAGUGGAACAUUUGGCUGUGGCCAUGUCCUUUGAGAAUUUUUAUUUUUUUACACGAACACUUUAAAACCUCUUCCAUUACUCCGUGGCUCUUGGCAUCUCCCAACAUCGCGAUGCGAGGGACUCUUUUCGCUUUCGGGUCCUGUCUCGUUGGGUGACGGGGCGACAGCGUCAGGGACGGAGAGUCCUGUCUCAUCUGUCUGCCCCGCUCUCUCUCAUCCCCUCUCCCGGACGCCAGUCGCCAGCCUUCUUUGGAAGGACAGCAGAGAGACUAGACGUGAGUUCACACUCGUGGAGUUCAAGAAAAGAUGUGCCGGAGAGAGCGAAAGGUCACGUGAUCAAUCUGGUCGGCCGACCCCUGAUUCUUCCUGGCAGAUCCUCCGCGUCACGUCGCAGUUUAUCACGGAGGAAAAGGAGCGGCUGAUCGGCGACUUCAAAAGACUCUCCUCAGCCAGUGUCUCUGUGUGUAAAUGUCCCGUUCUUCUUUUUUAAAAACGACGUGUGAAAUUGUAUGUGAAUGUACAAAAAUGUUGCUCUAUUUUAGUCAUCUUUUGUUUUCCUAGAGCAGAGAGAGGCAGCAGAGCAGAGCUGAACUCUGAGGGAAGACCCUUGGCCAAGAGAAAAAAAAAACGCUGUAAACAUUCUGGUUACCGAGGACCUUUUUAGCUUGAUAAAUGUCAUUCAUUAUUAUAUUGCCAAAUUACGCUUUGUGAUUGAAGUGUGCUGUGUGCAAUCGUAUGGGCAGUUCCCUCUGGACACAGGGCUGUCCCACUUUAGAUUGCAUUUUACUCCACUAUAUAUUGGAGAAUACUUCCUGUAGAUGGAAUGAACUUGCAUCGCGGGCGGUAGAAGUGGGAUCGAUCCACUAUAAAGCUGACCAGACAGUAUUAUGUUUUUAGUUCUGUCAACUUGUGUGUGUAUUUUUGCAUGCGUCAUCCAGAACCAUGAGAGAGAGAGAGAGAGAGAGAGAGAGAGGGGGGGGGGGGGGGGCAAGAAAGGACAAACUCUUCCAUUUCUGCUCUGUUUUUUAAGUGCCAAGAAGGUUGCAUUAGCUCCAAGAUGCUGAGAGGUUAGCUGCAGAUCUAAUGCGCAGUUCAGUCACCACUGCUAUAUAUAGAUAUAUAUAUAUAGAUAGAAAGAUAUAUAUCUCCAUGCUACAGUGACAGCCCUUCUUAGGGUCGAUCUCGAUUAAGUGCCAAAAGAUCACUUUAAAUUAUUCACUGACGUGUCAAAAAAAAAAAGUCGGUUAAUGCUUUAUAGAGGGACUCAAGGCCUCACACUGAGAGGCGACUGAAAGCCCAGACAAGAGGCCGACUGUGGGCCUGACCUGGCCCGGACACCAGCCGGAUCUGAGCCAGAGCCAGUUCCCCUUUCCUCUCUGGAAAAAGCGGCACUCACUCGACUGGAACUAGGAGAGAUCAGACGACCUCCACCCCGCCACUGCCAUCUCUCUGGACUCUGAGCAUCUGUCUCGAAGCGCUCUAAGGCAGCUAGGUACGAUAAUGUAGAAAGUGGGGCUGGACUAUCACCCUGUAAAAAAUCACACACACACACACACACACACACACACACACACACACAUGGAUGUGAACUGUUUGGAGGUGGGUGUUUUUUAUUAAUUUACCCCCCCACACACACACACACACACACACACAGAGAGUGUACUAUUCGAACAACAAGCAAGAACAAACAAAGCCAUUGCUCUCUAUAAUGUGUCUGGCCCACUAAAGACGAGUUGUUGGCUUUAUCAAAACAGGCAACGUUCUUAGAGGUUAAAGUCAAGAUGUGCUAGAAAUUUCUUAUUGAAGUGGGAGCCAAAAAUACUCUCUGGAACAGCUCUAUGGACUCUGGAACAGCUCUGUUCUGGCUCUGUCCAGGUUCUAAGCCAGUUCUUUAUUCUGAAGGCAUUGGGGGCUUCAGUCUUGUGCAUGGUAACUGCCAGCAUUCACCUCAGUGUUGUGCUGUGACAAGUGCAAUGCUAGCUUGUUGUUUACAUCAUAUACUUGAAACUUCAUAGUGUUGACGGUAUACGUCAAAUUUAUUUUUUUUUAUUAUUGGGGGUAAAUAUCAUACCAAAAGAUUCUUUCUUUUUUUCUUUUUUUCUUCCGUCCCAUUGCCUUAGAACACCUCGCACCAAACGUGAUCCUCAGACUGUCCACACACACACACACACACACACACACACACACACAAUAUGACCUCCCCUUCCUGACUUGCAUAGCUGAGUUUAAAAGCAGUGUUUGAGGACGAAAUGACAGGCAAAGAGUGCAUCAUCCCCCAUCCAGGUGUCUCAUCUCUGUUGUCUCAGGUGAAGAGGAAUGAAGAUCUAGAGCAAGACAGAGAGAGAGAGAGAAAUAUGGAGAAAGAGAGUGAGAAAUACAGAGAUAAAGAGAGAAAAGAGAGAGAGAGAGAAUCCCCUUUAGCUCUAGUUUCCUACAGAAGCUUUGAAGCAGCUCUUUGAUCUCACCUAGUCGUGUGCACAGCGUGAUCAGAAGAUUUAGAAAAAAAAUAUAUAUAUAUCCACAUCAAACCCCACGGAGGGCCUCCACCUUCAGCAGGGAUUGACGUGAUUGACAUGGAAUAAAGCAGGCAGCUGCUGGGGGGGGCAUCUCUCGGGCCCAGCUGAUGGUCAUGGACAAGUCACCUCAUUCACCAGCAGUUCAAGUAGACACUGAUAAUCACACCAAUAACCCACAACACUACUUUACAUCACAAUGCUCUUCUUCAUAGUACUGAUGAUACACUGUAUCAAGGACCAUAGCAAAUAAAGUAUUGCCUUUUCCCUCUGCCAUAGUUAAAGUCUGUCCGUCAUCGGCCCUUCCUAGCAUGCAGUGACGCUAACUGAAAGGACACCUUGUAAGGCUACUUACUGUACACAUACACUUGUCAUAGUAAAGGAGGGAAUUGUAAGAUGAGAUUUCACAGAGUAGAAUGUUUUUUUUAUUUAUUUUUUAUUUAUUUAUUGUUGUUUUUGUUAGACAUCCUUUCAUCCCAAAAAGUUGUUUUCCGUUCCUUUUUUUUUUUUUUUGCCACGCAGAAUUCACCUACACUCAUGUGUUCACGUAGUGAUGAUCUUCCACAUUUGGUCACUUUUGAGCCUCAACUUCAGCUUCCAAGUUUGGCCAUGCCUGGGCCCCUGCCUGUAGUGGUGGUCAGGUCUUUCGUGGCCCCCAUCCCAUGGCAAAGGGGACUCUUUCAGUCAUUGGGCAGUCAAAUGCUUGCACAGGCCACACAAUAUAUUUUUGCCAUACCACAGUCAAAAGCCAGAGAGAUGGGUCUGAAUAUCACUGCAAAAGAAAUGAAUAUCCUUCCACUCCAAAACACAGUACAUAAUAUACCAACCCUUCUUUGUUGACACUGGAGUUGUGUAUUAUUGUAAAUAAAAUAAUAAUUAUGAUAAUUAUUAUUAUUAUUAUGGCUGUCUGUUCUUGUUGUUUUAUAAAGGUGUUGUGAAAAUGGUAAGAAAGGUAAAAUAUUUAAAAAAAAAAAAAAAAAAAAGGUUGGUCUUGUUUUUUUUUUGUUUUUGUUUUUAUUUGCGUUUGUUAUGAUAAUAUAUUAUUGUGUACCUAUUGUAAAUAUGAAGCACACCUAUUUUGCAAGCCAAGGAUUCACUUUGUACCGUUGUUAUAUAUAAAUAAACUUUACUGGU